AAGAGCUGUUGGGGGUUGAUGUUGCAAUAUUCAUACAAGGAGAAUAUUGCUUUUGUGAAGUGACAGACACCCCUUGUUAUUUUAAUCAUUUUAAUAGUUUACGUGGUUGUUGAUAAAUAACAGCUCGGUUGCGUUUCUACUGUUUAUAAGCUGUUAAAGAGACAGAAAUACACAAAAAAGCGAGGAUGUUGGUCCCCGCGGGAAGAUAAUGAAGAGGCUGCGCGUUUUGUUGGUGUGCCUCAUUGUAGCUCUCCUGUGCUGGUCCCCCGGUCAUUAUGUCCAUUGUUCAGUCCAGAGCGCCUCUGGCCCAGUACUCUCCGCACAGGAUGGAGGCCUCCAGGCAACGGAGCAGAGGGAGGAAGGCGCUCACGACAAGGUGGAAGAGUCAUGGAGGACGGACGGUCGGUCAUCGCACGACUUGGGGCUGGAGUCCGAGAGGGCCGCAGUAGCGGACCAGCCCACAGGAGACGCCUCAAGGGAGGACAAGCACGAGCAGACUGUGAAUCCAGAGGAGCAGCCUGUGGUGGUGUUGGAGCAGCAACAGGAGGUGGAGGAGGAGGUGGUGCUGAUGGUCGAGGAGGUCCGAGGUUCGGAGCCAGAGCAUCCCGCCACCGUGCCAGAUCCAGCCGCGGACCUCCAGCAGGCCCCGGGUUCUCUAGCGGCCUCCCACACGCAGCAGCCCGAGCCAGAGGUACACGCCGAGCUGCCCCACCCCUCCGCCUCUACAGACCAGGCCUCCACCUCCACCUCCACCUCCACCUCUACUGCUGCUGCCCCUAAGGACCCCAGUCCCGAGCCCCAGGCGGAGCCUCCCAGCGACGGCCCAGCGACCCCCGAGCAUGCUGCCGAAGUCCCGGGCGGAGCACCUACCUCAGUCCCCUCGCCCCAUCCCGACGCCCCACCCAGUGCACUAGAGGCUCCCAGUGCUGCUCUCCCCGUAGAGAGCUCUAGUGCCAGUGAGUGUGUGGUAGGGGCCUCGGCCCCCGGGGUUCCCCCCCCCUCCAGCGAAGCCCUUGACUUUGGCAGCACACUCACAAGUGAUGUGGAGAACAUGUCCAUCACUCUGGGUCGGGGCACCGGGACCAGCGCCGACCUCCCUCCUCCUCUGGACCUCGUCGUGCCGGAGCCGGACCAGAGCGCAAACGAGUCUCUGACGCCCGAGGAGCCCCAGACGGACCCCUCUGUGCCCAGUAAAGAGGACAUCCCCACGUUUGAUGAGUGGAAGAAGAAGGUGAUGGAGGUGGAGAAGGAGAAGAGUCAGUCCUUACACACCUCCUCCCACGGGAACCCCCACCCAGUGAAGAAGGUCCAGAAGAACUUCAAGAACAAUUACGCCUCCGUGGAGUGUGGAGCCAAGAUCCUGUCUGCCAACAGCGAGGCCAAGAGCACGUCGGCCAUCCUGAUGGAGAACAUGGACAUCUACAUGCUGAACCCCUGCAGUAACAAGAUCUGGUUCGUCAUUGAGCUCUGUGAGCCCAUCCAAGUGAAGCAGCUGGACAUUGCCAACUUCGAGCUCUUCUCGUCCACUCCCAAAGACUUCCUGGUGUCCAUCAGUGACCGGUACCCAACCAACAAGUGGAUCAAACUGGGAACGUUCCACGCCCGCGACCAGCGCACGGUCCAGAGCUUCCCAUUGGAUGAGCAGCUCUACGCUAAAUACGUCAAGAUGUUCAUCAAGUACAUGAAGGUGGAACUUCUCUCGCACUUUGGGUCUGAGCACUUCUGCCCCCUCAGCCUAUUCAGAGUGUUCGGGACCAGCAUGGUGGAGGAGAUCGAUGAGCUGGCCGAGUCCCAGUACCCCGCGGAGAGGCUGGAGUACCCGGACGAGGAAUUCGCAGAUGACGUUCCUGGCUACGUCCCAUCUGAAGACAAAUCCUCAAAGAACCUGCUGGGAUCUGCAACAAAUGCCAUCCUGGACAUCGUGAAUAACAUCGCUGCCAACGUCCUGGGGGCCAAACCAGAGCAGGAAGGAGUAACGCACACUGAAGGGGACGCCUCAUCGGACGCUGACAACAUCACAGAGACGCCAUCUGAGCUUUCGGUCAGCCCCACUCCAACCCCCACCACCCCCCCUGCGCUGGAGGUCUCGGAGGCGGAGCCAGCGGUUGCCAAGGACGACCAGGCCGCCUCCUCCUCGUCGCUCCCCGAGGCCGGUCCGAUCGUGACGCUGGUGCAGGACGAGGAGCCGGAGUCGUCGUCGCAGUCCACCGUCACGCUGAUGGAGGAGGACGAGGAGGAGCCGGAGGAGGCGGCAUCAUCGUCCUCCUCCUCCUCCUCCUCCUCCUCGUCGUCGUCGUCGUCGUCUGCGCCUCCCGAGUCGGAGGAGGAGCGCAGGAGGCGCGAGGCGGCGCAGCGCGAGAGCCUGCUGUACUGCGCGCACCUCUCCACGCUCUCGUGCCUCGCCACGCUGCAGGAGAAGCUCUCGCGCUGGUGCUCCGUCAGCCUGGCGCUGCACCGCCAACGCAAGGAGCGCCAGCAGCGGGCACACCGAGCGGGCAGCACCGGCGCGGAGGAGUCCUCCUCCUCCUCCUCCUCCUCCUCCUCCUCCUCCUCCUCGCACGUGCCACCUCCUCCUCCUGCCCAGCUGCCCGCUGUGCCCUCCUCCGUGCCCGUCCCGACCCCCACCCUGGCCCAGGAGCCGCCGCCAGGGCUGCCCGCCUCCGAGCGCUUGGCGGAGGACGAGCGAAGAGCCACGCCAGCGCAGGGCGGAGAGAGGCUGAACCCCACGGCCUCGGACCCCCAUCAUCAUCAUCAUCAUCCUCAUCAUCAUCAUCCUCACCCUCAUCAUCAGGGCGAGGCUGGCACGGCGGAGCGUCUGUCGGACGCCAUCCUGCUGGAGCCCAGCCGCACGUCCACGCUGGCGUCCCGCAGCCUGUCGGAGGGCUCGCUGGCCCGGCCCACCCCCACGCAGGACAUCCCGCAGCGGCCCAGCGGAGGCCCAGCGGACCCCCAGCACCUCCACCACCAGCGGCCCGGCUACCUGGAGCACGUCCCCGAGACCCAGGCCGAGGGCCUCCGGACUACCAGCGGCAGCAGCAGCCAGCACCUCCUCCCCAGCCCCACGGCCACCUCCUCCGCCGGCCUCACCCCGGCCACGGAGUCCCCGGGCCCCCCCGAGACGGACUCCCCCAGACUGGACGCGCCUGUGGACGGCAGCGGCCAUCACCAGCCCCUGCAGCCGCUCCCCACACACACGCAGCCGGCGGACGUCAUCGCCCCCCCCACAGAGCUGCCCGCUGCCCCGGCAGUGGAGAGCGCGGAGUCGGGGAGGCCUGGAGGAGGAGGAGGAGGAGGAGGAGGAGGAGGAGCAGCGGAGGAGCUGCCUCACCACCGGCCCCUGAGCCCCGCGUCUCCUCCUACUCCUCCUCCCCCCCAGCAGGAGGUGCCAGAGUUCCCCACGCCGCACUUGGACCGCCGGGUGGAGGAGGCGGUGGAGGAGCUGCUCCUGAGCGUUCCCGCGGCUAGCGGCCACCACCACCACCUCCACCGCACCGCCACCGACUUCUACGCCGAGCUGCAGAACUCGGCCGAGCUGCCGCACGCCAACGGGGGAGGAGGAGCCGGCAACGGCAACGGCAACCUGGUGCACGGCUCCAACCAGAAGGAGUCGGUGUUCAUGCGCCUCAACAACCGCAUCAAGGCCCUGGAGAUGAACAUGUCCCUCAGCAGCAGGUACCUGGAGGAGCUCAGCCAGAGGUAUCGUAAGCAGAUGGAGGAGAUGCAGAGAGCGUUCAACAAGACCAUCAUCAAGCUGCAGAACACGUCGCGCAUCGCAGAGGAACAGGACCAGAGGCAGACGGAGUCCAUUCAGGUUCUGCAGAGCCAGUUAGAGAACGUCACCAAGCUGAUGCUCAACCUUUCUUCCACCGUCAUCCAGCUGCAGAGAGAGGUGUCGGACAGGCAGAGUUACCUGGUGGUGUCCCUGGUGCUGUGUCUGCUGCUGGGGCUGCUGCUCUGUAUGCAGUGCUGCCGAGGCUCCUCCAAUCACAGCAGCAGCAGCACAGCGCUGCCCAUGACCAACCAUUACCCCAGCCCAAAGAGGUGUUUCUCCUCCUAUGACGACAUGAGCCUGAAGCGUAGAGUGUCCUCUCCUCUGGUGCGCUCCAAGUCCUUCCAGAUGACUGCCACAGAUGUAGGUCCUGAUGACUUGUACAUUGUAGAACCUCUAAGGUUUUCUCCAGAGAAAAAGAAAAAGCGCUGCAAGGUGAAGUCCAGCGAGAAGGCGGAGACCCUGAGAGCCUCGGCUACCACGGCGACGCCCGUGCCCGACUCUAACGGCGCCGCCAAGUGCAACGGUGCCGGCGGCGUGGGCGUCUUCGGCUACCAGCCCGGCCUGCACUUCCUGCCGUGCCCCGACACCUCCGAGCUCUCCACCUGCUCGUCGCGCGACGGCGCCGCCUGGUCCGAGGUCAGCUCCGAGGGCUCGUCGUCCACCGUCUCGGACGAGCUGCCGUUCGGCGGGAGCGCAGCGCUGUGGGCGUCGUCCUUCUCCUCCUCCUCCUCCGUCGCGCCGCACUCGAGCGCCGGCCUGUGCAACGGUCACCUGCCGUCCCACCAACACACACUCGCACAGCCCACGCGCAGCAAGGCGGAGAAGAGGUCCUUCAAGCGCCGGCGCUCCAAGCAGGCCGACCAACAACAACAACAACAACAACAACAACAACAACAACAACAGCCGCACAGCUGGAACGGCUACGGCGGCGGCGAGGGCGAGGAGGAGGAGGAGGAGCUGCUCCCCGUGCCCAUCCCGGUGUCCACGGGCGCUCUGCCCAUCCUGGAGGAGCUCAUCAAGGGCAAGCAGGAGCUGGGGGUUGGCAUGGCCGUGGGCACCUUCAGGGUGCAGACUGUCACCGGACACGUUUGAGUCACACACACACACACACACACAUCUCCGCCGAUGUGUAGACACACACACACGUACACAGAGCACAGCGUGCUCCAAUGAGCUGUGGUGACGUCGAGUCGAGUCCUGUCUUGAACACUUGAGCGUCACUUCCUCCAGUAUCCCGUGAAGCCGCGCUGUGGGAGAGGAGGAUGUUGUUGUCGUUCUCAACCCAUGACCUGAGAUUUUACAUUUCUACUCUCUUUCUAUUCUUUCUCUCUCUCUCUCUCUCUCUCUCUCUAUCACUCUCACUGUAUCUCUAACGGCUGUGUCCGGUGCGCCUGGCCUGCCAUGACGCUCUCAAGCAGAGUGGAACUGACUCCAUGGGAACGGUCGCCGGGCAACGCCCCCCCACCCCCACCUCACCCCCUAAACUCCACUACUCCCAUCUCCUGGAGAUGUGCCUUUUUUUUGUCCGUUACAGAACGUGCACCGGUGUACAACAGACCACAACGUCGACUCCUUUUCCUUUUGUUUUUGUUGCUCAGAGAGAUAUGCAAUGUGGGACGGACACAUGUGAGACACGAGGGACAUUUUAAUAAUGGUUUACUUUUCAAUAAUGUUCUUGAUUCAACAUGUCCCUUUCUUCCUCAAUCAAUGUCUCUCUUUCUCUCUCUUUCUCUCUCUCUCUCUCUCUUUCUCAAUCAAUGUCCCUCUCUAUUUUUCUUUCUUUCAUCUCUCACUCCCUCUCUCUCUCUCUCUCUCUCUCUCUCUUGUGGGACAAGCACACAGCUCCAACAGUUUAGUUGAUUUGAACAGAUUGACAUCAGCAGAUAGCAUUCCGCCUUUGGAAGCCCAGACAGAGCAAAGGUCCCCACCGUCUCGCCCGCACUGUCACACGGACGAGCACAAGCAUGCAGGCCGCCAAGAUGGCCGCCAAGAUGGCCACGGCUCCAAACUAGACCUGUGCAGUAGACCGUAAGAGUGAAAUCCCCCCCCCCCCCCACCCCUAAAAUCUGCCUCCUGUCCACAGAUCCAGCCUGAGGUCCACUCAUCCUGUUUGCCAGUGAUACUAACACCAUGACUCUUCUCUUUCUCUCUCUGUGUGUGUGUGUGUUUUUCUUUUCUUUUUUUUUUUGAAGCUUAACAUUUUGGUCUCAUUCAUCUGUCUGUUUCUCUCACUGACAUGGAACACUAGUCUUGCUGCUGUCUGUUGUUGUCUGUUGUUGUUUCUCGGGACCAGAGAGUUGACCUCCUUCCUUCAGCACAGAGCCCCAGAUCUGUCAGAUGCUUUAUGAGUGGAGCUGAAUGAAGAGCCCAUCCAGUCAGUACUAUAUGUGCUUCUGUAUGUGAGGUGUCUGUCUGUCUGUCUCUGUCUGUCUGUCUGUGUCAAGCUUCUAGUCGUGUUUCAUGAAGGGCCAUUGAGGCUUACAGAUGUCCAACUGAAUAGCUUGCCAAUAUAAUGAAGUCCAGGCUGGGCCUGAACGUGACCUACGCACUUUGACAUGCACACUUAAAACAAUGCAACACAAACAUGUUUCACAAAUACCUUUUAAAACGGUCGCUCACACACUCACACACUCACUCUCACACACACACACACACACACACACACACUGAGGUAAAGGACUCCUUAUCCUCACAGGACCAAGUGGCGCCCUUGCGUCGCACUCAGAAUCCGGGCCUCUCGUACGCUGUGUCGUCUUUCAAGUUCUUGUGAUGUUUUGGUUCAUGAGCGGCGCUUACGUCUACCAAAGACGAGAGUUUUUAGCAGACCACCACUUUAGAGUCCAAGCACUCAUGUAACACACACACACACACACUUGCAUAAAUGCCCUGCAGGGGCCCCUUAGGCGAGCUGUUUUAUUUAUGUAUUUAUUUAUUUAAAUGUGUCUUGACCUGCCUGUGCUCAGAGAGGUCGUGGCCAAGCACUGUGCCAUGUGCCCAGCAGCGUCGAUGAAGUUUACACACUCGCCUCGUCCACUUGGUUCUUCGGUACUCUCAAUGUAUACAAAAUCAGUACACACACACACACACACACACACAUACACAGACCCAUCAUGGUACACUUAGUUCACUCUUCAGUGUCACAUUCUCACACAUUGUUCCACCUAUUUAUUCUUAUUUAUACGCAUUUUCUUCCAUUGUACUGAGAAAAGUUGGAUUCUGUGGUCUUGGCUGAAACGACUAAAAUGCUGCUGCUUGUUUCUGUGAAAUCAUAAAGGGUUGUAAUGUUAGCGAUGAUGUGUGUGUUCAUAUCAGGCAUGUCUCAUAAAGGGUUAGCGUGUUAGCCACGUGUGUGCUCAUAUCAGGCAGACCUCAGACAUUCAUUUUUAAGAGGUCUGACCCUUGAAGCCCUAGCGGAGAGAGGAGGCGUGGGAGGGCUGCUUUAAUAAGCAUUAUUAGCAUAAUAAGCAUUAUUAAAGCAAAAUAAGCAUUAUUAUAGCAAAAUAAGCGUUAUUAAAGCAAAAUAAGCGUUUAGAUGAAUCAUUUUUUUCUCUCUCUCUCUGGAUAAUCGUUCUGAUGAGCUCUGCGCAUCGAGACUGGGGCUCUUGCUCUUGAUCAUUCGAGCUGUUCUCCACAACUCUCACACUAACCCACACUAACCCACUUAUCUAUCCGUUUACCGCAAUCUCUUGACACCCUUCCCGUGCACUCCAAAACAUCUUCUCAACCACAUUUCAUCUGCAUGUGUGUGAGUGUAUUUCCCUGAAAAAACAAAAACAAAACAAAAAACAUUUCUGAACAACAAGGCUGUUGACUUCUUACUGUGAAUAAACCAUUUUGACCACUGAGCCCUGCAGGAUACAGAGACCAUGCUGGAUGGAGACCGUCACAAUCAUGUGAUUUCAGUACUAGUUGCAUAUAAAUACUGCCCCCCCCCCCCCCCCCACACACACACACCGUUUCUUUGAAGCUGAUGGUACCCUCUUGUAUAAAGCAGUAGAUUAUUAAUUCCGGUGUAUAUAGAAAAAAGGGAAAGACAAGGAUGGGAUUUGAAUGUACCACUCUGUGAUCGAAUGAGAGCAAUUCCACACAGUCAGAGGGGACUUUUAACUUGUUUUUUUUGUUUGUUUGUUUGUUUUGUUUUUUUCAGUUGUGAUUUGAGUUGUGAUUCUUUCCUGAGUGUAGAGACAGUGUAUGUUUGAGCUGUUUGGUUGUUUGUGUGCAUGAAAGAUUGUCUGAGUGUGCGUGUGUAUGUCACGUUUUUGUUUUCUUUUUUCUCAGUUUGUAUGCGAGUGACCGAUUGAAAUGGAACAUCACCUGUCCCACCCCUAACCUGAACGAAUAGACAUGCGCUCCACAUUAGUUGGAUGUGGGGACAAGUGUGCACUUUUAACGUACUCUUUGCCUUGUUUUGUUUAUUUUGUUUCGUUUUUCUACACUAUACCUUGUACGUCAAGUGCUUUUCUUUCCAAGGUUUUCUCCCUGUGUGGCGCCCCCUGGUGGCCAUUAGCUCGUAGUGUGCCAGCAGGGGGCCUGGAAAACAUCCCAGAUCGCUGAGCGGGCCGCACAGUAUUGUGGAACAGGAGCAACUGUAACUACAAACAUGUAGUGCCAUUAGAAACUGUGAAUUUCUAAAUAAAAAUUCUUUGUUGUCUUUAA